AUGCCCGUCCAGCCCUCGCCCGCCCUGCCCGCCGCCGCUCACGGCCACGUCUGGGACGACGACCCAGCGCGCCCCGUCCGCUGCACCUACUGGGUGCACUUCUGCACGGUGGCCGACGAGUCGGUCUACAUCUCGACCGAGUACGUCGAGUCCUCGGUGUCGGCGGACCCGGCCACGGGCCAGCCGCGCUGGGGGUGCGCGGGUUGCGGCGCCGUCAGCCGCGAGAGCAGCGUACUGGCAAACGAGCAGCGCCAGUACGUGCAGACGGUCGAGGGCGAGGUGCUGAUGGAGGAGCGCCUGCGCAGCGCCUUCAAGCGGUGCUGCCAGUGCGGCGCCUGGCGCACCAACCCGCUCGCCGUUGCCGCCGGCCCCGUCCCUGCUCCCGCCGCCUGCGCCCACUGCGCGUGCCGUGCCUGCCCGACCUGCGUGCGUCUCAACCAGUUCUCCGAGCCAACGUUUUUCAUGCUGCUCGACCGCGCGUGCCCCGUCCCUGGUGGCGUGUGGGACGCGCACUAUCGCGCUGUCCAGGCCAAGGCGCUGCGCGAGGCGGUCGAGUCCGUGGCUGGCCUCGAAAUGCCGCUGCUCGACCAGCAGGUCAUCGACCCGGCGCUGCUGAACACGGGAUCCACGGAUUAA